UUGAAAUCAAACAAUGGGUUCUUCUUUCAUUCAAUACCCAAGUUCAGAAUACUCGCCGGAAUCUUCAUUAGGUUCAGCCCAAGCUUUCUCAUGGGACGACCUUCUAUUCUACCAUAGUUCUCUUCCAUUUAAUGUCAAUGACUCCGAAGAAUUGCUGCUUUUCGAUGUCCUAACGAAGGGUGCGAGAGACUCAUCGGAAUCCAAUUCCUACGGCGCAGUCAAGGAGGACGAGGUCAUUUCCAAGGCCGCAGAGAAAACACCCAAGAAGGAAAAGUCAUUCAGAGGUGUACGACGGCGGCCGUGGGGGAGAUUCGCGGCGGAGAUAAGAGACUCCACUAGAAAUGGAGUAAGAGUCUGGCUUGGAACCUUUGACAGUGCUGAGGCGGCGGCUUUGGCUUAUGACCAAGCUGCAUUUUCGACGAGGGGGUCCAUGGCGGUGCUCAAUUUUCCGGUAGAGAGAGUCCGGGAAUCGCUUCGAGACGUCAAGUACGGAAGCGAAGAUGGGUGCUCGCCGGUGGUGGCGCUGAAGAAGCGACACUCCAUGAGAAAAAGACCAGUGAGUAGGGAAAACAGAGUAAAGGACAGAAAGGUCAAGAGUGUGGUGGUACUACAGGACCUUGGACCUGAAUAUUUAGAGGAACUCUUGAGUUCAUCUUAGAAUGCUACUGCCUGGUGAAAAUAUGUUAUUAGAUUUUAAUCCUUUAUUUUUUUGUUAAUUACUUUCCUUUUUCUUCUUUUUUUUUUUUUGAUCAAUACUAUGUAACUAAAAUAUGUAACUCAAAUUUGUAUUCUAAAUGAAGA